CAUUGAUAAUUCUCCACAUGAAGUAGUUGAAAAUGUGCCUUAAUAAUAUUUGUAAUUUAGUUUAAUGUGUAUAAUAUUGAAAAUAUUUGUUCUUUAUUGAAGCAAGUUGUUUUUCUUUGUCUCUUUCAUUUUUCAAAUGCAUAUUAUAAUGACUUCGAAAAAACAAAACAAUAUUAAAGACUUAUUCAAUAAAGAAUUUGAUUUCGUAAGUACUGUAUUAAGCCAAGUGAAACUACCUCUACGUGUUGAAGAUUCAGAUUCUGAAGAAAGUGAAUGUAAUGAAAAAAGAAAAAAACCAAUUCUAGCUAGUGAUGCAAUAAACAGAGCUCAAAGUUUGGAUGAACUUCAUACACGUUUAGCUGCUAUUCGAGAAAAAAAAUACACUUACAGAGGUAAAAUCAUCAAAAAUAAACUUCAAAAUAAAAUUAAAAGAAAGAAAAAGAUAAAUGAAAAGUUUAAAAAAGAAAAAUAUUUGAUCCAAAAUGAAAAAAAGACAGAAGAAAAAAAUCCAAUUGUAAAUGGCAAAGCUAAAUUAAUUUUUAACAAAGUAGAUUUUCUUGGAGAAAAAACAGGAAUAUCUACAAAAACUAAUACAAACACUAAAGAUGCCUUGAAGGUAUUAAAAUCUAAACAACAAUUAUAUAAAGAAUUAGAAAAAUCAGGUGAAGCUGAUAAAGCUCAUCAAUUAAAAACACAAGAAGCAUGGACUAAUGUUUUAGCAAAAGCUGAAGGUGCUAAAGUUAAAGAUAAUGUUGAACUUUUAAAAAAAACUGUUGCAAGAAAAGAAAGACAAAAAAAAAUUAGCAAAACAAAAUGGGAUGAAAGGGCACAAUUAUUAGAAAAAAAUAAAAAAGAAAAACAAGACAAACGCACAAAUAAUUUAUUAAAAAGAAAACAAGAUAAAAAAGAAAAAAUCAAAAAGAAAGCAAUAAAAAAAGGUCGUUAUAUUCCUGGUAUUAACUAGUUAAAAAAAUAAUUGUAUAACCAAUAUUUAUAUAUUAUGAAUAUACAUAAAAUAUUUGAUUGUA